UUCUCUCCUUCAUUGUACAUUCUUUUCCUUUUGACUAACGAUACCCUUCGUGUUCUGUCUCUCUUUUUUUUUGAGUUCCGCGUUUGACCUGACGAGGCUGUCGAGUGUUGACCCACCCUAUCGAUACCCCGGAAAGAAUACAAUCCGCCGAAAUGAGCAGACCCGGGGAUUAUGACGCCGUCCGCAAGGACAUCAUUGCUCAGUUGAAGAAACCCGACUAUGACGAUGGCAGCGCAGGUCCCGUAUUCGUACGACUCGCAUGGCACUCCGCAGGCACAUAUGACCUCGAAACCGACACCGGCGGCUCCAACGGCGCAGGCAUGCGCUACGAAGCCGAAGGCGGCGACCCGCCAACGCCGGCCUCCAGCACGGCCGGGCCUUCCUCGAGCCCGUCAAGGAGAAACACCCCUGGAUCACAUACGCCGAUCUGUUCCCCGCGCGGCCGCCUGCCCGAUGCCGCACAGGGCGCCGAGCACCUCCGCGCCGUGUUCUACCGGAUGGGCUUCAACGACCAGGAGAUCGUCGCGCUGGCGGGCGGUCACAACCUCGGCCGAUGCCACAUCGACCGCAGCGGGUUCCAGGGUCCCUGGGUGAACAACCCGACGCGGUUCUCGAACCAGUUCUUCAAACUGCUGCUGAAGCUGGACUGGAAGCCGAAGACCCUGCCGAACGGGGUCAGCCAGUUUGUGUAUGUGGAUCCGGACGCGGAGGAGGGCGACGAGCCGCUCAUGAUGCUGCCGACGGAUAUCGCGCUCAAGACGGACCCGGCGUUCCGCGUGUGGGUGGAGAAGUACGCGGACGACAAGGACCUUUUCUUCGAUCAUUUCGCCAAGGCGUUUGCCAAGUUGAUGGAGCUGGGUAUCAAGCGUGAUGAGAACGACCGCGUCAUCAACGCUGAUAACGUUAAGGGCGGCUACAUCUCUGCGCCGAAGAAGAGCAAUCACCCCACUGGGCCGGCGAAGGGGGCUCAGGGUGGAUGUCCUGUGGCGGCGUCGCAGGGUGGAUGCCCUCGGGCUAAGCUAUAAUCCUUUCUUUUCCUGUCAAUAUGUUAGAAUCUUCUUUGUUGAUACAGGAUCGGACUAGAUAACUAGAUCGCGGGUGCAUGUACAUGUAUAGAUUAGACGCAUACAAUAC